UGUAGCGGUGCUAUAGUUAUGUCCCACCGUAGAUACUGAAUUUAGACCCAACAAAAAAUAAAGUAUGCAUAAUCGCCAAUGCGGCACGUGUUUAAUCUCCUAUACGGCGUCAAUCGCCGUAUUCGAAAUCGCGGGCGUGUUUUACAUCGAAUUCCGCGAUCCACGAGUAACGAGUAUUAACUAUGGAACAAAGUGCCGGCUCGCGUUUGGCCGAGAUUGCACGCGAGAAAGACGGCUGACAUCGGUUGUCCGUUCACUUCUCUUGUAAGAAGCACGUUACUUCCGCGUACAAAGCGUUGCAAGGUAGGGGUAAACAUCGAAUGGAAAUAAUCGUCAACCUUGCCGGUUGUCAGUGACCACGGGUCUUCUAAGACCGAUAGACGACGGUUUAAGUCGCCACGGUAUCUUGCACGUUUCCUUGCAUCACCACGUGCCCGUCCCACGGUAAAAUCCUUUAACCCUUUGAGCAGUGCUGAGACACAUUUACGUCUCAUAAUGCCAGCCUGGCAACACGUCGGCACAAACGCGUUGGAAGUUUCGCAAAUGCAAAUUUCGCAUUUUCUCUACAAAGCCUUUUAAUUCGAUGGCCUCGAUACUCGUGGAAAUUAACAGUUAAUUAUUUUCUUGUCGCGCACGGUGGACACCUCAUUGCUCAGCUCAGAGAUUUCUAAAUAAUUAUCUACAGGACACUUUGCUCAAAGGGUUAACGGUGUAAAUCUGGAGCGUCCUAGAGCUUAAAAUCGUUCGCCAUUUGUCGAGAUCGUGGACGUUCUCCGACGAUGACAUUCGUGAUCGUUCCAAUGAUCGCACUAGUACACGCGACGAACACCGUUCAGUGAUCGAUCGUCAACUGCAUCAACUACGGAUACGUAAACGCCUCAACAAUGAUAAUCCACGUUUGAUCUGAUGUAAUCGCGUCAAUGUUAAUCGGUCUCGACGAUAGCGCGAGCGUCACGGGGUGUUUUUUUUUCACAUGCCGAAGACUGGACACGACUAUUGGUCGUGAAAAACUAGCCUCGCCGCGGAAAAACAAGAUAUUGGAUGUCUCUACAUGCAUUAUCGACGAAUGCCGCGGUAAUCGAUUCAACACUGGAGUUUAACCCGAAUUUUGGAAGAGAAUGAAUAAAACCAUCGCGGAAAGAACGAGAAAGGAUAGAAAGUACUAACAGUGAGAAACAUUGAAUAGCAUCUGUUGAGCUACAAUAGAUCGGCGAAUGACACGAUUUUAUGGGCUCAGGAAGUUAUCUGCAAAUUUAAAAUACCGAUCAUCCACGUGGAUUGACAUUAACUACGAGACGCAAGAUCUCCCUGGCCUUGAGAAGCGAACAUUGGCCAAGAAAAGAGGACGGUUCGAUCAAAGGGUACCAUAUUUCUGGACGGAGUGCAUUAUUUAUAUGGAAGAGCGGACCACCAGCCGAAAACAGGAUAAAUUAGACUGGUUCGCGUACACCGAGUAGUCGGAGGAAAAUCGUGGGAGGAGUACGCGUUGCUUCCAGUGGUUGCGGUUUUUUGAAAGAAAAAGGAACGAGGUGCAAGGAAGCGUAAGGGAACGAACAGGUGUGCUCGGUAUCGAUCGGUAAUCGUUAGCCACUCGGUGCAUCGGAAACAUUUUUUUGUUCGGGAUCCUUGACUUGUUGCUACCGGGAGCCACUGGGAAGGGGCUUACGGAAUGAAACGCAUAAAAAGAUUCGUCUUGGCGCAAAGAACAGAGGAAGAUCCGAUUUGGAAGAGCUCGGACAACUUGAUGGCUGGCGUUGGUGCAUCAAAAAUGAACCCGAUAAUUACCGUGGAUUAUUCGGAGGAUCUUCCACAAGAUGGCGAGAAGAAGGGCUUGGGAUUGAAGCCCAGCAUGUCGCAGGGCACGGUGAUGAUCCAAACGCAGAGUAGGCUCCAAGAAAAGGACUUCACCAUUGCCACACCUGAGGAAUUUGUUCAUCGUUUCGGCGGCAGCAACGUCAUCAACAAGAUUCUCAUCGCCAAUAACGGGAUAGCAGCGGUGAAAUGUAUGCGUUCGAUUCGUCGUUGGUCCUACGAGAUGUUCAAGAACGAACGCGCUGUGCGCUUUGUUGUGAUGGUCACCCCCGAGGAUCUAAAGGCGAAUGCGGAGUACAUCAAAAUGGCGGAUCAAUACGUCCCCGUGCCCGGCGGAACAAACAAUAACAAUUAUGCCAACGUGGAGCUGAUCGUCGACAUCGCUAUUCGAGUUCAAGUCCAGGCUGUGUGGGCGGGAUGGGGUCACGCUUCAGAAAAUCCAAAGUUGCCUGAACUGCUCCACAAAAAUAACAUUUGUUUCAUUGGACCAUCUGAAAGAGCUAUGUGGGCCCUUGGAGACAAAAUCGCAUCCAGUAUAGUAGCGCAAACCGCGGACGUGCCGACACUUCCGUGGUCGGGGUCAGAAUUGAAAGCUCAGUACAGUGGAAAGAAGAUAAAAAUAUCUUCGGAACUCUUCAAGAAGGGAUGCGUAUCGACAGUGGAAGAGUGUUUAGCAGCUGCCAAUAAAAUAGGCUUUCCCAUAAUGGUGAAAGCCAGCGAGGGAGGGGGUGGUAAGGGUAUCAGAAAAGUAGAGAACGCUGAAGAAUUGCCUACAUUGUUUAGGCAGGUACAAACUGAGAUACCUGGAUCUCCUAUAUUUAUUAUGAAAUUGGCAAAGUGUGCUCGACAUUUGGAAGUUCAAUUAUUGGCAGACAAUUACGGUAACGCGAUCUCAUUGUUCGGUCGCGAUUGCUCUAUUCAGAGGAGGCAUCAAAAGAUUAUCGAAGAAGCUCCGGCUGUGAUUGCCAAACCUGAAGUUUUCGAGGAAAUGGAAAAGGCUGCUGUAAGAUUGGCCAAAAUGGUUGGAUAUGUCAGCGCAGGUACUGUUGAGUACCUUUACGACACGUCUGGAAAAUACUACUUCUUGGAGUUGAACCCACGUCUUCAGGUGGAACACCCCUGCACGGAGAUGGUGUCAGAUGUUAACUUACCCGCGGCACAGCUUCAAAUCGCCAUGGGUUUACCGCUUCACCAUAUAAAAGAUAUUCGGCUUCUUUAUGGUGAAAGUCCGUGGGGCGAUAGUAUCAUCGACUUUGAUCAGCCGCAACAUAAACCUCAACCAUGGGGUCAUGUAAUUGCAGCAAGAAUUACUAGUGAAAAUCCUGACGAAGGUUUCAAGCCAAGCUCAGGUACUGUCCAAGAAUUAAACUUUAGGUCCUCGAAGAAUGUCUGGGGUUACUUCUCAGUAGGAGCUUCCGGUGGUCUUCACGAAUUUGCAGACUCGCAAUUUGGUCAUUGUUUCUCCUGGGGAGAGGAUCGUAAUCAAGCUAGAGAAAAUUUAGUUAUAGCUCUGAAGGAAUUAUGCAUCAGAGGUGAUUUUAGAACCACCGUCGAGUACCUGAUCACACUAUUAGAAACGGAAUCCUUCCAACAAAACACUAUAGACACAGCCUGGCUCGAUUUGUUGAUCGCUGAACGUGUUAGAAGCGAUAAACCGAAUGUACUGUUGGCUGUGACGUGUGGUGCGCUUCAUAUAGCUGAUAGGACUAUCACUGCCGCCUUUACUGGGUUCCAAACAGCCUUGGAAAAAGGUCAAAUACAAGCUAGCAAUGAUUUGGAGAAUGUUAUCGACGUUGAGCUCAUCAACGACGGAUAUAAAUAUAAAGUACAGGCUGCCAAAUCCGGCCCCAAUAGUUACUUUCUUGUUAUGAAUGGUUCCUAUAAAGAAGUAGAAGUACAUCGAUUGUCGGACGGAGGCAUGCUGCUCUCUUUGGAUGGUGCUAGUUUCACAACUUACAUGAGGGAAGAAGUAGAUCGUUAUAGAAUCGUCAUAGGAAAUCAAACGUGUAUCUUCGAAAAGGACAACGACCCCUCUUUGCUGAGAUCGCCGUCAGCUGGAAAACUGGUUAGCUUCUUGGUCGAAGAUGGUGGUCAUGUUAACCCUGGACAAGCCUAUGCUGAAAUCGAAGUGAUGAAAAUGGUAAUGACGGUAACGGCAAGCGAAGCUGGCAGUGUUUUCUACGUUAAAAGACCAGGUGCCAUCCUCGAGGCCGGUACGAUGAUCGCUCAUUUGGAGUUGGACGAUCCAACAUUGGUGACAAAGGCUAUGGAAUACAUGGGUCAGUUCCCAGAAACUGAAGCUCCUGCAAUUUCGGAGAAAUUGAAUCAUCUUCACACCAAGUAUCGUGCUUCUUUGGAAAAUACCCUGGCGGGAUAUUGUUUGCCAGAUCCGUAUCAUUUGCCACGAGUUCGAGAACUUCUCGAGAAAUUUAUGAACUCCCUACGCGAUCCUAGUCUGCCUUUGCUCGAGAUCCAGGAGGUGAUCGCAACGAUAUCGGGUAGAAUUCCGAUUUCCGUCGAGAAAAAAAUAAGGAAACUAAUGUCACUUUAUGAAAGAAACAUCACCUCCGUUUUAGCGCAAUUUCCUAGCCAGCAAAUCGCUGCUGUGAUCGACGGGCACGCAGCUACUCUUUCGAAACGAUCCGAUCGGGACGUCUUCUUCUUAACCACUCAAGCCAUAGUGCAGGUAGUACAAAGAUAUAGGAACGGAAUACGUGGUAGGAUGAAGACCGCCGUUCACGAACUUCUUCGACAGUACUACACGGUUGAGAGCCAAUUCCAACAAGGGCAUUACGAUAAGUGUGUUUCAGCUUUAAUAGAACAGUACAAAGACGACGUAGCUACGGUAACGGCUAUGAUCUUCAGUCACAAUCACGUUACGAAGAAGAACAUUCUGGUGACUAUGCUAAUCGACCACCUUUGGGCGAAUGAGCCUGGUCUUACGGACGAAUUGUCGAGCACAUUGACAGAGUUGACGAGCUUGAAUCGUACGGAACACAGUCGCGUCGCAUUGCGUGCCAGACAAGUCUUGAUCGCCGCUCACCAGCCCGCCUACGAAUUGAGACACAAUCAAAUGGAAUCUAUAUUCUUGUCAGCUGUGGACAUGUACGGCCAUGAUUUUCAUCCAGAAAAUCUACAGAAGCUAAUCCUCUCUGAAACGUCUAUUUUUGAUAUUCUUCACGAUUUCUUUUAUCAUUCUAACCGUGCCGUUUGCAAUGCCGCCCUGGAGGUUUACGUUCGCAGAGCGUACAUCAGUUACGAGUUGACCUGUUUACAACACAUCGAAUUAUCCGGCGAGGUGCCGCUCGUACACUUCCAAUUCUUGUUGCCUAAUAAUCAUCCAAACCGUCAAAGUCAGUCUCCAGUUAACCACAGAAUCGGUGCUAUGGCAGCCUUCCAAGACUUUGAUCAAUUUGUCCGGUAUUCUGACGAAGUACUCGACCUGUUGGAGGAUCUAUCUACGCCCAUUUCAAUCUCUGCCAAGGUUUUGGACGCAGUAGAUGCGGCUGGAGGAAGCGAAUCGAGGCAUAGUACAUCUAUAAAUGUGUCAUUGAGUAUCGCGGAAACUAGUGGUCCAGUGGUGGAAAUCGGUGAGAGACCUGCGGAACCAGUACACGUUGUGAGCAUCGCCGUUCAGGAAAUGGACAAUUAUGACGAUGCUAUUAUGGCAAACUUAUAUGGCGGCUGGUGCGCAGCGAACAAAGACGAGUUGAUCGCAAGAGGUAUCAAAAGAAUCACGUUCGCUGCUCUAAAGAAACGACAGUUUCCAAAAUUCUUUACGUACCGUCAAAGGGACGGUUUCAUGGAGGAUAAGAUUUACCGCCACCUAGAGCCCGGUUGCGCGUUCCAAUUGGAGCUGAACAGGAUGAGAACAUACGAUCUUGAAGCUUUGCCUACCUCAAACCAAAAAAUGCAUCUCUAUCUCGGUCAUGCCAAGGUCGCCAAAGGGCAACAAGUCACCGAUUAUCGUUUCUUCAUUCGCUCGAUCAUCAGGCAUUCCGAUCUGAUCACUAAAGAGGCUAGUUUCGAUUAUCUCCACAACGAGGGCGAACGCGUUUUGUUAGAAGCCAUGGACGAGUUAGAAGUCGCGUUCUCUCAUCCACUCGCGAAACGGACAGAGUGCAAUCACAUUUUCCUAAACUUUGUACCCACGGUUAUCAUGGACCCUGUGAGGAUAGAGGAAAGUGUGACCAGCAUGGUGCUCAGAUACGGUCCAAGGUUAUGGAAAUUGAGGGUACGCCAAGCUGAAAUCAAAAUGACGAUUCGUCCAUCCCCGGGGAAACCGACAUCCACUUUACGCUUGUACAUCGCCAACGACAGCGGUUACAGUAUAGAUUUACAUGUAUACACGGAGACGACCGACCCAAAGACUGGUGUUAUUCGCUUCGAGUCUUGUCCUUCGGCGACAGCAAACGUUGCCUGGAGACCAGGGCCUAUGCACGGUCUGCCGAUCUCCACGCCAUAUUUAACCAAAGAUUACCUUCAAGCGAAACGGUUCCAGGCACAAAGCGCUGGCACAACCUAUGUCUACGAUUUGCCAGACAUGUUCAGACAACAGACAGAGAAACUCUGGCUGAAGUACAUAGAAGAAAGACCAAAUGCCAACAUAAAUAUGCCAAAUCCCAUAAUGGACUACGUGGAAUUGGUGUUGGAGGGUGACAAUCUAGUGGAACAAAAGCGUCUUCCCGGUGAGAACAAUGUUGGCAUGGUGGCUUGGAGGUUCCGAUUUUACACGCCGGAAUAUCCAGAGACUGGUCGUGACGUUAUAUUAAUUGCAAACGAUUUAACGCAUUUAAUUGGUUCCUUCGGCCCAAAAGAAGAUCUGGUGUUCUGUAGAGCGUCAGAAAAAGCUAGACAGCUUGGAAUACCGCGGAUUUACUUCUCUGCGAACUCGGGUGCUCGUAUCGGUUUGGCAGAGGAAGUGAAAGCGUUGUUCAAAAUCGCUUGGGAGGACGAUAACGAACCAGAGAAAGGCUUUAAAUAUAUUUACCUCACGCCGGACGAUUACGCCCGUUUAGCGCCCGUAAAUUCCGUGAAGGCUUCGUUGAUCGAAGAUCGAGGAGAAUCUCGCUACAAAAUUACAGAUAUCAUCGGUAAGGACGACGGUCUUGGUGUGGAGAACUUAAAGUAUGCUGGUAUGAUCGCUGGUGAAACGUCCAGAGCAUACGAAGAAAUAGUCACGAUUUCCAUUGUAUCCUGUCGAGCUAUCGGUAUCGGAGCUUACCUAUUGCGUCUUGGACAGAGGGUCAUUCAAAUAGAGAACUCGCAUAUUAUCCUGACCGGUUACAAAGCGUUGAACGCGGUGUUGGGUCGUGAAGUGUACGCGAGCAACAAUCAACUGGGUGGUAUACAAAUUAUGCAUUACAAUGGUGUUUCGCAUACGACCGACGAAAGAGAUUUAGAUGGAGUUGAAACAGCUCUGAAAUGGUUGAGCUUCUGUCCUAAACACAAAGGUGCACCUCUUCCUAUAUUGCCAUCACCGAAUCCUGACUCGAUCGAUAGAGAGACCACUUAUGUUCCCACGAAGGCAGCCUACGAUCCAAGGUGGAUGCUCGAAGGGAGAAUCGUUCAAACUAAUGACAACACUUGGGAAAGUGGAUUCUUCGAUCGUGGUACUUGGCAGGAAAUAAUGAGACCUUGGGCGCAAACUGUAGUAACCGGACGUGCUAGGCUGGGUGGAAUACCAUGCGGUGUUAUCGCAGUAGAAACAAGGACCGUUGAAAUGCAUUUACCUGCUGAUCCUGCUAAUCUAGAUUCAGAGGCUAAAACCAUAUCUCAGGCAGGGCAAGUUUGGUUCCCUGAUAGCGCGUAUAAAACCGCGCAGGCUAUCAAAGAUUUUGGAAAAGAAGAGUUACCUCUUUUCAUCUUCGCCAAUUGGAGAGGAUUCUCUGGUGGAAUGAAAGACAUGUACGAGCAAAUCAUAAAAUUUGGUGCUUACAUCGUAGAUGGAUUAAGAGAAUAUACCAAACCGAUAUUUGUAUAUAUCCCACCAAAUGGAGAAUUGAGAGGUGGUUCGUGGGCGGUGGUUGAUCCAACCAUAAAUCCCAGAUACAUGGAAAUGUUUGCUGACAAUACAAGUAGAGGUGGAGUUCUGGAAGCUCAGGGAAUAGUUGAAAUCAAGUUUAGGAAUAAAGAUAUAAUUAAAGCUAUGCAUAGGGUGGAUACAGUAAUUCAAAAACUUAAAGAAAGAUUGGCUAGCGUGAAUACACCGGAGGACCGUACAGAAAUCGAAAGUCAAAUACGUAAGAGAGAACUAGAGCUAGAACCUAUAUAUCAUCAAGUCGCAGUACAUUUUGCAGACCUUCAUGAUACGCCUGAGAGAAUGUUCGAAAAGAACGCGAUUCACGAAAUUAUUCCAUGGCGAAAGGCACGAAAAUUACUUUACUGGCGACUGAGAAGAAGACUUUUGGAAGAUGAGAUAAUUCAGGAGAUUCUUUCUAUUCAACCACGUCUCGAUGUCAGACAAGUCGGCGCGAUGUUGCGUAGAUGGUUUAUAGAAGACAAAGGUCCCACAGAGUCCUACUUGUGGGAUCAAGAUCAAGCGGCAACACAUUGGUUGGAGAGUCAACGUCAAAACGAAAACAGUGUCGUUUCGCGUAACAUUACUUGUGUGAAACAAGACGCAAUUGUUUCACAAGUAAAAGAAGCUCUCGAAGCCUGCCCAGAAGUGAGGUUAACCGCAAUUUUGGAAAUCGCUCACAGACUUCAGCCAGCGGAACGUGCAGAACUACACAGAACUUUAUCGCAAUUAGAAACGACAUCUCAGGAACUGAAUGAUUCAAGCGCUUCGUCCUAAAAUUUUGGAAAUAUCACAGAAUUUUCUGUCUAUCCACGUACCUGGUGUAUGCAACUCCGUUAGAAUUAAUUGUACAAACACUCGUUAUUUCAUCUUGUUAAUAGUAAAUUCUACGGGAAUAGUAUAACUUCGAAAAGUUAAUAAUUGCUUCUAUCGAUGAUGUUACUUGAAGGUAGAAAGCAAAACGAACUCGUGCUUAGUAAGGUUCAACAGUGAUGCUAUCGAGUGUCAGACAGUGUUACUAUCGUUUCCUAAACUGUGGUAAACUAUGCCCAUGUUUAUAAGUGUAUUCAUAAAUAUAGAAAUUAUAUUAUAUAUAUGUAUGUAUUUAUAUGCAUAUAUAAAUAUAUAUAUAUAUAUAUAUAUUUAUUUUUAGAAAAAAAUGUCUGUUCGUUGCAUUUGAUUUUACCGAACGACUACUAAUAAGCAUGUACGUCAUUUCCCCGUUUCGUUGAUAGAAAGAUCGAAGGAUAAGUUUGUAAGUAUUAAAUGCUGUUUUUUACUAUCGUAAUAGAAAAUAUCAAAAUUUCUCUC